GCCGAAACCGGAAUAUUGUCCCACGCCACCGGAUGGCCAGCGUCGUCACAGUGCGCUAUUGAGCCCUGUAUUGAGCGCUAGUAAGGUAGUUGCUUCUGGCUACUUAGUGCAUGCAAUUACGAGCCCUCGCACGUCUAGACUUCCCCGGGCAUCCCUACUGCACUCUCUUGAAUCUAGUCUCGACGAAGCAUUGUGGUUCUGUAGUUGCCAAGACCCUUGGAUCGCCCGAGGUCCUUUCGUCAACCGCGAAGCCGAGGUCACCGUUUGUAUACUCCCGCACUCGACUACAGUGCUUGUCGAGCAGAACGUACAGCCCACCGGAUCGCACCACCAUGGCGUUGACAUUGCAAUCGAGGAUGAAGCUCCGAGAUGGGAAUGAGAUCCCUGUCAUGGGCUUCGGGACGUACGAAAUGGACGGAAAGGAGGCGUACAAUGCCGUGAAGCACGCUUUGGAGGCUGGGUAUCGACACAUUGAUUCAGCGGAAUGGUACUACAACGAACGUGAAUGUGGUCAAGCAAUUCGCGAUUUCUGCGCAGCUUCUGGCGUCCCGCGUUCCGAGGUCUUCUUCACCACGAAGUUGCAGAAUAACUCCGGGUAUUCAGCUUCCAAGGCUACCGUCGCACGGUCGCUUCAGAAGUGCGGAUUGGAGUACAUUGACCUGUAUUUGAUGCACUCUCCCAUUGGCGGUCCGCAGAGGCGUGCGGAGAGUUGGAAGGCGAUACUCGAAGCCAGGAAGGAGGGGCUCGUGCGCAGCGUGGGUGUCAGCAACUUCGGCGUAAGGCACUUGCAAGAGAUGGUGGACGCGGGUGUAGAACUUCCCGUUCUUAAUCAGGUUGAUCUUCACCCCUUCAUGACCCGGUCCGACAUCGUUGUUAUGUGCAGGAAGCAUGGGAUUGCGCUUGAGGCCUGGGCACCUCUGGUACGCGGAUACCGCUUCAAGCACCCGUCGAUUGUCGGCCUGGCGCAGAAGUACGGGAAAGAGUCUGCCCAGAUACUCUUGCGCUAUUCGUUGCAGAAGGGCUACAUACCGCUGCCAAAGUCUUCGUCCGAACAUCGGAUCAAGUCCAACCUAAACGUCUACGACUUCGAGCUGACAUCGGAGGAAGUGGCCCACCUGGACAGCUUGGAUGAACGACUUGUAACGGAUUGGGAUCCGACGGACACCCCCUAGACUGCCAAGACACAUUGACGGACUACCUGUUAUGGCAUGUUCGUCGAUCAGACAUCAUGUCUACCAGUAUUCGCGUCCUAAUUGCUUCGAAUACCAGCCGUCCCGUAUGUGACAAGUUUGACAUAUGCGUGUGACGAUCAUGGCGGCAGUAAGCUGCAACAUGGUACGUGCACCAUCUAGUAAGCUAUAGGACCGAGACACUUGCUCUUGUC